UAAGAGGACAUCCGGUUCUCCUCCCAGUGUCCGAAACCGUCUCUGUCAGCCUUCUUGGCUUUUAGUGGCGCCUUCUUUCUUCGGAGUCCUGGUUUACGGGUUGGGUUUACUGCUGCACAGGCCGGCCUCUCGCCAUUCCUUGUCCUCGGCCCGAGCGAGUCGGUUCCCCGGCGAAAGUGAGCGAGGUCGGCCCGAGCGCGCCGAGAGAUAAAGGAAAAUGCCUAAAAAAAAGACAGGUGCAAGGAAGAAGGCCGAGAACCGCCGGGAACGUGAAAAACAAUUAAGAGCAUCAAGAAAUACUAUAGAUUUAGCUAAACACCCAUGUAAUGCUUCAAUGGAAUGUGACAAGUGUCAAAGGCGGCAGAAGAAUAGAGCCUUUUGCUAUUUUUGUAAUUCUGUACAGAAGUUACCAAUUUGUGCACAGUGUGGGAAAACAAAGUGCAUGAUGAAAUCUUCAGACUGUGUCAUAAAACAUGCUGGUGUAUAUAGUACCGGCCUUGCCAUGGUGGGUGCUAUAUGUGACUUCUGUGAAGCUUGGGUUUGCCAUGGUAGGAAAUGUCUCAGUACACACGCCUGUGCCUGCCCUCUUACUGAUGCUGAAUGUGUUGAAUGUGAACGAGGUGUAUGGGACCAUGGAGGCAGAAUAUUCAGUUGCUCUUUUUGCCAUAACUUUCUCUGUGAAGAUGAUCAAUUUGAGCAUCAAGCCAGCUGCCAGGUUUUGGAGGCAGAAACAUUUAAAUGUGUUUCAUGCAAUCGGCUUGGUCAGCAUUCGUGUCUCCGUUGUAAGGCUUGUUUCUGUGAUGAUCAUACAAGGAGCAAGGUGUUUAAGCAAGAAAAAGGAAAACAGCCUCCUUGCCCUAAAUGUGGACAUGAAACUCAGGAGACUAAGGAUCUUAGCAUGUCAACACGGUCCCUGAAAUUUGGCCGGCAGACUGGAGUUGAGGAGGGAGAUGGAGCUUCUGGAUAUGAUGCUUAUUGGAAGAACCUUUCAUCUGACAAAUAUGGUGAUGAGUAUGAGGAUGAGUAUGAGGCAGAGGAUGAUGAAGAGGAAGAGGAUGAAGGCAGAAAGGAUUCAGAUGCUGAGUCAUCAGAUUUGUUUACUAACUUGAAUUUAGGAAGGACCUAUGCCAGUGGCUAUGCUCACUAUGAAGAACAAGACAACUAGGAGAGCUGCUUGCCCACUGGUGGCCAGGCGCGAGAGGAGCAGGAUUGUGUGUGGUUGAUGAGUCAAGUGUGUGAGUGUGGAUAUUUAAAAGUAUCAUUGCUUACCCUUGUGUGAUGGUAGUUACGAGAAGUGGGGCAUAGCAUUUUUAUAGGAACCAGCAAUCAAGCUUAUAUCAUAAGAAGAAUGAAUUUCAAAUGUAAGAUGUAUAUUGAUCCAAGCAGUUGAAGCAUCAUGGAGUUGGAUUGUUAACUGAUUUCAGUAAUCUAGUAAGUUUUGCCAGUUAGAUACAUAUAUAUAGGAAAAAGGAACAGGUUGGUAAUUUAUUUGUUGGAAAUGAAAUGACUGUUUUUAUUAAAAAAACACUGCUUAUAAAUCUGUUGUGUCUGAUUUUGUAAAAUGUUGGAUUCAAUGGAUUACUGUAUUUUUUCUUUUUAUGUUCAUAGGAUGAAAAUCAUGUUAUUCUGAAUUUUUAUUAAAUAUUCAUAUUAUCUUAGUCAUGUAUGUUUUCACAUUUGACUCAUCUUUUUCUUCACAAUCUUAUGUCCUAAACAUCUGUUGUUGAUGCCUAAAUAUAUUGACAAGGAUGACUGCUCUGCCAUUUUUCAGAAACACAAUAUCAGAAAUAAUAUUACAGAUGCUUUAGCCAGGAAAUUUUGUAUCU